AUGUCAGUGGCUUCAGGUUGCCUGCUCUUGCUAGUGCUUGGGGCAAUUUACCUCCAAGAAGGAAAAUCUACACCUGUGUCUGAACAAGGUUCAAAAUGUGGGCAGAAAGCCUAUGCCACAGACCCGUGGCCUUUUUAUGGUUACCUCUCUCGGAUUGUUGGUGGGAACCAGGUGCACCAAGGUUCACAUCCUUGGCAGGUUUCUUUGAAAAGGAAUAACCAUCAUUUCUGUGGAGGAACCCUUGUUUCCACUCAGUGGGUAGUCACGGCAGCUCACUGUGUUGUAAGCAGCUCUCUGCUCAGUUUGCUGACUGUCACUGCUGGGGAACAUGACCUGAGUUUGAAAGAUGAAGAAGAACAGACCUUAAAAGUUACACAAAUAAUCAAACACCCAAAAUUUAACAGGAAGAAACCAAUGGAUUAUGACAUUGCCCUUCUAAAAAUGAAUGGUCACUUUAAAUAUGGUUCAGCAGUCUGGCCAAUAUGCCUUCCAGAUCCGAAUGAAAGGUUUGAUCCAGGAUUUAUAUGCAUGACUUGUGGCUGGGGCCGUUUAAGAGAAAAUGGAAUGCUGCCUGAAAUCCUUCAUGAAGUAGAAUUACCCAUCUUAGACCAGAACGAAUGUUCAAGAGUGUUGUCAACCUUGAAGAAACCCAUAAAAGGGGACACCAUAAUGUGUGCUGGGUUUCCAGAUGGAGGAAAAGAUGCUUGCCAGGGAGAUUCUGGAGGCUCCCUUGUGUGCAGGCGUGACCAUGGUUCUUGGACCCUAGUUGGGGUGACCUCAUGGGGCAUAGGAUGCGCUCGUAGUUGGAUGUAUAACUUGAAGGAAAAGUAUGAAAGAAGAGGCACACCAGGAAUUUUUACAAAUCUUACGAAGGUGCUCGCUUGGAUGCAACAGCAUAUGGAUGCCGAUGUCAAAAUGAAAAGUUCUUCAGCAUCAUGCAGUAUUCAAGAUGGUAAGCUCUCUGGCAAAGAAGGAAAGCUGAUUUUCCCUGGAGAUGGCAAGCAAUAUUAUCCAGAUAACCAGCUAUGUGUUUGGACUCUGCUUGUCCCAGAAGGAAUGCAUAUAUUGCUGGAUUUUUCCCAUUUUGAUCUGGAGCCAGAUCCAUUCUGUGACUAUGAUUCCUUGUCAGUGAUUUCUAUGGAUGACAGACUUGUUGGGAAGUUCUGUGGAAUGUUUCCUCCUUUGCCCAUCUUGAUUGGCUCCAAUGGUGUAAGGCUAAAAAUUUUAUCUGAUAACAAGGAACAUGGCACUGGAUUUUCCAUGACAUACAAAGCUAUUGAACCAGCUUCUCUUUUAGAUUCUGGCUGUGGAUCUCUAGCAAUUCUCUUUGAGGAAGGAACAGUGCAAAGUAUGCAUUAUCCUGAGCCAUAUAGUAACUUCGCAGAGUGUCAAUGGAUUAUUCACGCUCCAGAAGAUCAUGUGGUCAAGCUCACAUAUGAAACCUUUGAACUAGAGGAAAAUGAAGACUGCACUUAUGAUUCAGUGACAAUCUAUGAAAAUGUUGUACAGGAACGUGAAAUAGCUCGAUCAUGUGGAUUUGCUGUUCCUCCACCAGUUUUGAGUUCAUCUAGCACCAUGCUAAUCAAGUUUCAUACAGAUGAAACAGAAAGCUUUGGUGGAUUUAAGGCGAUUUUUUCAUUCAUUGCUGUUGCUGAUUUGAACAUAUCAAAUUCAAGCAGCGAAGUGUUGGUCCCUGAAGAAACAAGUAAUGCUACAAAUGCAACAGACAUCCCUGAAGACAUUUGUGGAGUUGCAUUGAAUCAACCCAGAUUUCUCUUCAGUCGAAUAGUUGGGGGUGAGGAGGCGGUACCAUAUUCUUGGCCCUGGCAAGCCAGUAUUCAAAUUUUGGAUGAAAAUCUCUGUGGUGGAACUGUUCUUACAAGCACAUGGGUUGUCACUGCUGCUCACUGUUUUAAAGGAAAGGAAAAGUACAAAGAUCUUUGGAAAGUGGUUGCGGGGGCUCAUGUCAUAGGAGAUCAAGAACAAAACAGUCAGAAAAGAGCAGUGAAGCAGUACAUUCUGCAUCCAGAUUUUAAUGCUACGACAACAGAUGCAGACAUUGCACUGGUACAACUGACAGAGCCUUUCAAAUUCAACCAUUAUGUCCAUCCUGUCUGCCUUCCUAAGAAGGAUGAAAAGUUGGAGCCUUCAAGGCUGUGUAUCAUAACAGGAUGGGGCAUUCAGUACGAAGAUGGAGAAAAAUCAAGAAAGCUUCACCAGCUUGAAGUUCCUAUUUUGGUUUCUGAAGAAUGCCAGCGAUACUACAUGAAUCACUCGGGUAGUGUGACCGAGCGGAUGUUCUGUGCUGGAUUCCCGUCUGAAGGGGGAAAGGACGCAUGCACAGGUGAUUCUGGUGGCCCAUUGGUUUGUCCUUCAGAAGACUCAAGCUACUACACCCUUCAUGGCAUAAUCAGCUGGGGCUUUGGCUGUGGAAGGAAAGGCUAUCCAGGAGUUUAUACAAAUGUUGGUUCUUUCACAGAUUGGAUUGGUCAGCACAUCUCUGGCAACAACUCAUCAAACAAAGCAUGAACAUUUUCGUGUGAAUUUAUGCUUUUGAAACAAGCAUCGUAUGGAAGUAUAUUCCCUGAUUCAUCUAUAUGAGUUCUAGCAAUGCUGUAGACAGAACUCAUGGACUGUAUUUGACACACAUAAUUCAAGAACAUUUUUAAAGGCCCAGCUUUCACGUGGGGAAACAAUAUCUGUAUGGGUUUGAAAAUCAAUGUCUUUCAAUGUGGUAAAACAAUGACAUCUGUGACAUUUUUCUUCAGAGAUGUAAACCCCAAAAAGUUUUGUAAGGCCUGUCCCUAAUGCUUGGAAAGGCAUAAAAUUGCAAAUUUGAGGACACUUUAGAGUUACUUCUGAGUAAACAUGUUUCAAAUUGACUAACAAGUGAUUUUUUAAAA